AUUUCUCCAGCUGUGACUCUAAGGAACACUGCCUACUGCCCAAGCUCAAUGAGAAGAUGUUUGUGUGCGAUUACUCACCGGAUAACUUCCUUCAAGUCACCUACAGGUGUAACAAGAUCACCGAUGUGGACACUGCCAUUAUAUGUGAAGGAGAAAGUGCAGCUAUUCAGUGUGAGGAGGGAGCCCUGCAUAUAAUGAAUUCCAAUUUUGGACGUCUUGAUGCGAACACCUGCAGCGAAACCCCUUCAAAAAAGACCUUCUGUACAAGUGCUGUGGCUCAUCAGAGAGUGAAAGAAUUGUGUCAUGGAAAAGAAGAGUGCAACCUCACAGCCAGUGCUGAACAUCUGGGAGAACCUACUUUCUGCGAUGAUAAUCCCUUGUACCUCUCUGUGGAUUACAUUUGUUACUGA